AUAGUUGUAAUGUAACGACUCUGUCUUUAGUCAUCAUCAAAGUCAUCAAUCUCUCGCUCUCUCUCUCUCUCUCUCAUCCAUUUUAAAAUUUGGUCCGGUCCUCUGCAACUUCUUGGUGCUUGCGAGUUCGAUUUUGGCGAGAAAUAGGCUUUUUGGUUAUUAGCAGAAUGUCUAAGAUCUGAGGAAACUUUUUUCGAUCCAUCAGAGGAGAUGAGCGCGUCAAGGUUCAUAAAAUGUGUUACAGUCGGAGAUGGUGCUGUCGGAAAAACCUGCAUGCUGAUCUCUUACACCAGCAACACUUUCCCCACUGACUAUGUGCCAACAGUUUUCGACAACUUCAGUGCUAAUGUGGUUGUAGAUGGGAACACCGUCAAUCUUGGCUUGUGGGACACAGCUGGACAAGAAGACUACAACAGGCUACGACCUCUGAGUUACCGUGGCGCUGAUGUUUUCAUUCUUGCCUUCUCUCUCAUCAGCAAGGCUAGCUAUGAGAAUAUCGCCAAAAAGUGGAUUCCUGAGCUGAGGCACUAUGCUCCUGGUGUUCCCAUCAUCCUCGUUGGCACAAAACUUGACCUUCGAGAUGACAAACAAUUCUUCAUAGAUCAUCCUGGUGCUGUACCCAUCACUACAAACCAGGGAGAGGAGCUGAAGAAACUGAUUGGGUCUGCGGUGUACAUUGAAUGUAGUUCAAAGACACAGCAGAAUGUGAAGGCAGUGUUUGAUGCAGCCAUUAAAGUGGUGCUUCAGCCACCAAAGCAGAAGAAGAAGAAAAAGAACAAGAACCGUUGCGCCUUCUUGUGAUUUAAAAAAGAACAUCUCUAAAGAGACUAGGUAACCAACUAAAAAGAAGAAGAAUGAUUGAUGAUUGCAACUAUUUGAUUCGUCCCCAUUUUAAUAUAUGUGACCCAUUCCGACAGUGAAGGGAGAACAUUUCGAGUAGCUUUUUGUAUAGUUUCAGCUGUGUUGUUGUGUCUUUUACUCCUUUUCUGGUGAAUCGUUUGAGUUGACAGUGUGUACUACUCAUGCUAUGUAGUCUAAUCUCUAUCUCUCUUCUCUUUCAUUCUCGACAAUGUAUGUAUUCACAUAUGGAAUCUAAUUAAUAUUGCAACUUUUUGUUAAAGCUG